GAAAAGGAUCAUGGCAGAGCGUCCCCUUCGUGUCUAUUGGGGAACCGCACCGACGGGAGCUCCACACAUUGGAUACUUUGUGCCAAUGCUCAAGAUUGCAGACUUUUUACAGGCAGGAUGUGACGUUACCGUUCUGUUGGCAGAUCUACAUACAUCGCUGGAUGCGCUCAAGUCCAUGUUGGAAGCCAUCGGAGUCUCUACGAAGCAACUACGAUUUGUUCGCGGUACGGACUUUCAGCUGAGCCCGGAUUACACAUUGGAUCUCUAUAAGCUCAUGGCCGAAACUUCCUUUCGAAAUGCCAACAGAGCUGGCGCGGAGGUGGUGAAGCAAGGGGCAGCAGAAACAGACUGCUUGCUAUCUGGUUUGGCGUACCCAUUGUUACAGGCACUGGACGAAGUGUACUUGGGUGUCGAUGUCCAAUUUGGUGGAAUCGAUCAACGAAAGAUCUUUAUCUUGAAGAAGAUUGAUCCCAACAAAAAGCAAGACAAACUGAACUACAGCAAUAUGCAGGACAUCCCAGAUGAGAGACCCGAGGGGAUGUCCAAGAAUGCAUGGAAAAAGCUACAGAAACUACAGAAAGCAAAGUUGAAAGAAAUGACAAAGAAAACAAAGUCAGGAGCCACAACCAUGACUGAGCAGCCCAGUGCCACAACGCCAACAGAGGAGACCCCUACGAUCAAACACCCUGCAUCAGCGGCAGGACAGGGAGGCAAACUCAAUUCUGGUGGCAAUAAGACGAGUGACAAGAGCUAUCACAGACGUGUUCACUUGUGCAAUCCCAUGGUUCCCAGUCUGGGUGGAGGCAAGAUGUCAAGUUCUGGAAAAGACAAGAUAUCCAUUCUUGCCUCUCCUGCGCAAGUCAAAAAGCUGGUAGGGAAAGCAUUCUGCGUGGAUGAAGUGGUGGAGGGAAUUGGUUUGCUGGCAUUUUGUGAGUUUGUGCUGAUACCGUGGCGUCAGGGGCUUGUCCAACCUGGGGAACCUGUUUUUGAUAUCCCUUCGGAUGGUGACUGCCCGUGUCCUUCUAUUCGUUUCAUGAGCUGAAGACUGCUUUCUUUGGAAACAAAGAUCAAUUCACAAAUGCUCAAGAAAGGUGUGACCACAGGUCUCAACUUGCUGCUGGACCCUAUCCAAAAAGACAAGGCUCGCCUCGAAAAACUAACAAGACUUCACGAUGCAGCGUACCCUCCCGGAGCCAAGGACUCUCAGCCGCCGCCCUCAAAACCGACAGUAGAAAUACGCGACAAUACUAGUCAAACCUGGGCGGUCAUUGGCCUUAUGUGUGCCUCUGGGUUUGUAGGCUUUGUCGCUGGGGCAGCUCUUACAUCUCGUCGUUGGAAGUAAUAUAUGUAGUGUUACGUUCAAAAUUACAUUC